GAAUAAAUUAGAAGACAAAAACAGAACACAACCCACCGACGCGGGAUCCGGUAAUUUGGACCCCAUCACGUUCUUCCCCCAAAUUUACAACUCUCGCCCUCUACUCCUUUUUCAGAUCAGAUCCCACUCAUCUCAUCAUGCUGUUUUCACACUCUCUCAAGCUCCAAUAACUCCUCUUCAACCUCAUUCAACUUCAAAUCCCUACCAUUUGAAUUAAUUUCACAAGAAUUCGAUACAAUACAGUGUUGUUUUUGGCUGGAUCUUGUGCCAAAUGGCGGUCGUAGCACGCAGCGGCAGAGGCGCUGGCGGAUCGGCGUUUUCCUCCGCCUUACGCAGCUUUUUUUCCUACCGGAUCUUUGUGUCAGCUAUGUUUACUCUUCUUUUCUUCGCAACUGCCUCUGUACUUUUCUCAUCUCAUCCUGCACAUUUCUCCGAUAACUCUGAAAUACAAACAACUGGAAGAGCAUACAUGCACAGGACAUUUCUUGCUUUGAAGUCAGAUCCAUUGAAGACAAGGUUGGACUUGAUACACAAGCAAGCAAGUGACCAUAUUGUGCUUGUGAAUGCAUAUGCUUCAUAUGCAAGAAAGCUUAAGCUAGAAAUAUCAAAGCAACUCAAAACUUUCAAUGACAUGGCACAAAACUUUUCAGAUUUAGGUCUAAAACCAACCUAUAGAACUGCAUUAUUCGAAUCCGAUGGAGCAGUAGAUGAAGAAGUCUUGAGACAAUUUGAAAAAGAAGUCAAGGACAAAAUCAAGAUUGCAAGAUUAAUGAUAGCUGAAAAUAAAGAAUCUUAUGACAAUCAACUCAAAAUCCAGAAGCUAAAAGACACAAUCUUUGCAGUUAACGAGCUUCUCAUUAAAGCUAAAAAGAACGGAGCUUUUGCAAGCUUAAUUGCUGCAAAAUCAACUCCAAAAAGUCUCCAUUGUCUUGCAAUGAGACUCAUGGGAGAAAGAAUUGCAAAUCCAGAAAAAUACAGAGAUGAAGAACCCAAACCUGAAUUUGAGGACCCUUCUUUGUAUCAUUACGCAAUCUUUUCAGACAAUGUGAUUGCAAUUUCUGUUGUGGUGAAUUCAGCUGUGAAGAAUGCUGAAGAGCCAUGGAAACAUGUUUUUCAUAUUGUUACAGAUAAGAUGAAUCUUGCAGCUAUGAAAGUUUGGUUCAAAAUGAGGCCAAUUGAAGGUGGAGCUUUUGUUGACAUUAAAGCAGUUGAAGAGUUCACUUUCUUGAAUUCCUCUUAUGUCCCUCUUCUAAGGCAACUUGAAUCUGCAAAUCUACAAAAGAUUUAUUUAGAAAACAACACGAAAUCUGAAAACACAAAGCAUAUUUCAAUGUUGAAUUAUUUGAAGUUUUAUUUACCAGAGAUGUAUCCGAAGCUUCAUAGGAUCUUGUUCUUGGAUGAUGAUGUUGUGGUUCAGAAAGAUUUGACUGGAUUAUGGAGAGUUGACUUGGAGGGGAAAGUCAAUGGAGCUGUUGAGACAUGUUUUGGAUCUUUUCAUCGAUAUGCUCAAUAUUUAAACUUUUCACAUCCUUUAAUUAAGGAGAAAUUUAAUCCGAAAGCUUGUGCUUGGGCUUUUGGGAUGAAUAUAUUUGAUCUUGAUGCAUGGAGACGCGAAGGAUUAACUGAUCAGUAUCAUUAUUGGCAAGAUCUGAAUGAAGAUGAGAGUUUAUGGGAUAUGGGGACACUGCCACCUGGACUAAUGACAUUCUAUUCAACAACAAAAUCAUUGGAAAAAACAUGGCAUGUUCUUGGACUAGGAUACAACCCAAGUAUAAGCAUGGAUGAAAUCAAUAACGCGGCUGUGAUUCAUUUCAAUGGGAAUAUGAAACCAUGGCUUGACAUUGCUAUGAAUCAAUUCAAGCAUUUAUGGACUAAAUAUGUCGAUAAUGAAAUGGAAUUCGUCCAAAUGUGUAACUUUGGGUUGUAG